UUUAAAAUUGUCAUCUUGUCUUAUACCAUACCUCUUUCCCAAGUUUCUAAAAUCUAAGGAACCGCGCGCCUGACGCCUACAAGGCGCCAAUUUCGGUUUCUCAGACGUUAUCGAGUGAUUACAUGUAGAAACAUACGAAUACAACAAAAUAGACAUCUUGGUUUCAUUUCGAUUUAGUCUUCUAAUCCAAGUUUCGAAAAAUGGUACGAAAAUGUGGAAAGCUGAUUCGUUUAUCGAUAAUUAUGACCAAGCAGGAAGGAUCACACGAGUUCAAUAUCAAUACCACUGGAUCACACAAAUAAAAAAGAGCAAGGCCAACGAAUUCUGUUGAUUCUAAAUGUUGAGAGAAUUGUUGACUAAGCACAUUGAUCAACAAAAAAAUCAAAAUGGUUAUGAUUGAAAAAUGUUGCUGUGGGUGUCCAUUGAGAGAAGGCAGUUUAGCAAUAGUCAUUCUUGAUUUUAUAUCGACGUGUUUUUACAUUAUCCAUCUUUACGCCAUCGCAAACACCUAUGAUCCAGAGGGUAAUAAAUACAAAUCUCCCGGUAUUUUGAUUACUUUUAUCCUUCUAUUUCAUCCUUUAGCAGGAAUAAUCGGAAUACUGAAAGAUCUACCAAGAGGUAUUUUAAUUUACGUGGUAUGUUCGUUGGUUCGACUUUUAACCAUAGGAUUCGAUAUUCUACUGCUAUUUCUGUUCUCAAAAACCAUGUUUGUUGAUAUCCCAAAAGAUUACCAGAUUGAGAUCGUCGCUAUACUGGGUGCUUGGGCUACACACGUGUAUUAUACCGCAGUGGUUUAUAGCUAUUAUCAAGAGUUGACAGAGAGAAACAAAUCAUCAGCUUCGGCUACAAACGUGUAAAUUAUAGAUUUUUACUGAUUAUUUUGAAAUAAAAGACAACCUAGAGGUACUUUUCUGAAUAGAUGGUUUCCUUUUUCUAAUUUUGCGGUACCUACUUUAUUAUACCCGAUUACUCGUUGGUAAUUUUAUUGAUAAUAAUUAAUAAGUUUGUUUUU